UGCUGCCAGAGGACACCCACAUGACCCUUAAAGAGAGGACAAGUUGGGUGGUAUCGCUGGCUGACCCUCUGCACAACCCUCACAAUAUUGGUGACCGUGGGAAGGGAAAGAUGACAACCCAGGGGGCAUGAUCCCAGCAUGUGUGGGAGGAGUUUCUAAAUUAGCCACUAGCACAGGCACGUCAGUGGCCCCAUGCGUAAACGUACAGAGAAAUAGGCGGGGUCAAGCAGCAAGAGAUAAGGGGCCAGGGUAUAAAAAGGGCCCACAAGAGACCAGCUCCAGGAUCCCAAGGCCCAACUCCCCGAACCACUCAGGGUCCUGUGGACAGCCCACCUAGCUGCAAUGGCUGCAGGCUCCCGGACAUCCCUGCUCCUGGUUUUUGCCCUCCUCUGCCUGCCUUGGCUUCAGGAGGCUGGUAGGGUCCCAAGCGUACCCUUAUCCAGACUUUUUGACCAUGCUAUGAUCCAAGCCCAUCGCCUGCACCAACUGGCCUUUGACACCUACCAGGAGUUUGAAGAAGCCUAUAUCCCAAAGGAAAAGAAGCAUUCGCUCAUGGAGAACCCCCAGGCCUCCUUCUGCUUCGCAGACUCUAUUCCCACACCCUCCAACUUGGAGGAAACGCAGCAGAAAUCCGUGAGUGGAUACCUUCUCCCCAAGGCAGGGAUGGGGGAGGCCUGUGGUCAGAGCCCCCGGGCAGCACAGCCACUGCGUGUCCUUCCCCUGCAGAACCUAGAGCUGCUCCGCAUCUCCCUGCUGCUCAUCCAGUCGUGGCUGGAGCCCGUGCAGUUCCUCAGUAGUGUGUUUGCCAACAACCUGUUGCAUCACACCUCGGACAGCGACGUCCAUGACCUCCUAAAGGACCUAGAGGAAGGCAUCGAAACGUUGAUGUGGAGGCUGGAAGAUGGCAUCCCCCGGACUGGGCACAUCUUCAAGCAGACCUACAGCAAGUUUGACGCACACUCACAGAACGAUGACUCACUGCUCAAGAACUACGGGCUGCUCCACUGCUUCAGGAAGGACAUGGAUAUGGUCGAGACAUUCCUGCGCAUGGUGCAGUGCCGCACUGUGGAGGGCAGCUGUGGCUUCUAGGUGCCCAUGUGGCAUCCUGUGACCCCUCCCCAGUGCCUCUCCUGGCCCCGGAAGGUGCCACUCCAGUGCCCACCAGCCUUGUCCUAAUAAAAUUAAGUUGUAUUAUUU